AGCAGCUCUUCUUGGUAUUCUUCAUAUUCUUUGAAAUGUCACUCAAGCAUGAGUUUCCUUGUCUGUACUUGCCUGAGUGAUUUCACACAUUGCACUCUAUAAAUAAGUGCACCCCUUGCAUGAGACAGGAAGUUUGACACGGUUUCAAGGGAGACUGUCGGAGUAUUUAGAAAAGCAGAGAUAUUUGGGGUCAGAGAACACCAGAGACAAUGAACAACAAUUCAGGCUUUUAUACAUUUCAAAACCAACUACUUCCCCCCAUGUAUAGCAUUGAGAUGUGUGUGGCUCUGCUGGGGAAUUUAUUUGCCCUGUAUCUCCUGGUGACCAAAGAGAGGAAGAACUGGCACACUGGAGUAGUGUUCUCCUGUAACCUGGCCAUCUGCGACGUUCUUUACAUCCUGACCUUGCCUUUGCUCAUCAUUUACCAUGUCAAAAAGAAGCAAUGGAUCUUUGGAGAUGCUGCAUGCAAAAUCGAACGCUUCUUCUUCAACUGCAACCUCUACGUCAGUAUCUUUUUCAUCAUGUGCAUCAGCGUCAACAGAUAUCUCGGCAUAGUUCACCCCUUCUUCACGCGGAGCUACGUGCGCUCUAAACAUGCAAAGAUCGCAAGCGUGCUGACGUGGUUCAUCGUGACCAUCGCUUUAUCGCCAGUCUUCAAAUUUGCUGGAACCGAAAUUACAAAUAACCAAACUCUUUGUGUCUCAUGCCAUGAUGCAAACCUGCAAGUUUCCCAUUUUAGGUACAAGGUAUUUCUUAUGGUUGUAGGAUGUAUGAUUCCUUUGGUAGUUACCUUUGCAUCUUAUUUGGGUGUGAUUUGGACCAUUCUGAAAAACAAAAACAUAACCACACUAGAGAAGAGGAAAGUAGCUCUGUUGGUCGCUCUGGUCUGCAUCCUUUAUGCCACGUCAUUUGUGCCCUAUCACGUUCUGCAGACGUACCAUGAGUUUCUGAAGAAAGAGAACUUAAAAAACGUCUGGGUGUAUAAUUCAUAUCAAGUGUCAAAAGGCCUGACCACCCUGAACAUGUGCUUACAUCCACUUUUGUACAUGGCUGUGUUUGACAGCAUACGGACAGCUUGCUGUGGAAAGGGCUCAGAUGACUAACCUUUAUGCAUUCAGUAGGCUAUCUUUUGCCAAAAACUCACACGUGUGGCUUCCUGGAUGUCGAUUUUCUGCUUGUGCUCUGUUUUUGUGCAUCUAAAACCUCAAACCACAUAGGAAAAUGUGUUAUGUUUGUAUUUAAAAGCAAACAAGAACAUUUCUGACUGUAACUGACAAUUAAAAUGCUUGAUAUGUGUUUGAAGCUGCAAAAAAUACCAAUUAAAGAUAUUUAAGAGAAAACUGAAGAAUUUGUGAGCAUAACAAAUGGGGAUCAGAUGAAGCAAAUAUGAUGCUAAUCAAAUUUAUUUAGAUCCAAAAUGUUGAUUUGUCAAUAAUAUAUAAACAUAAAUAUGUAUCAUAAAUAAUUUUACUUGAUUAUCCAUACAUCAUUUAAAAAAUAAAUAAACUCAUGUUAAAACGUGAGUAUCAAAUAUGAUACAUCAGGUUUUGGAGGAACAUUUAUUUGUUCAUCUCUAAGUCAUCAUUGAAUUGCUUUGCAUUAUAUGUUUGUCCUCCACAAUUAAAACUACAGAGCUCUUAUCAUGAAACUAAGCAUUUAAAUAUAUCUUACCAAGAUGAUAUUUUUUAGUAGAUAUAGAGUGACAACUGAUAUUUAUCAGUGUUUUUUCUCCUCAAGUAUUUGAGCUCCAUAUUCUCACUGUAUCAUACUAUAAAAAUACUAUGAAAAGCUAUUUGAUGCUCAACAAAAAAACAUAUGCAAACCAUUUUAUUUAGAUUGUAUUGUUUGUCUAAAGGCUCAAUAAACUCUUCCAUUUCAAAUAAA